AAACAAUUUUGUGAUAUUGUCAUUAAAAAAAUUGUAAAAAACGUGUCAACAAUUUAAAAAUUAAUUUAACUGUUUAAUAAACAAUGGAGAAUUUGAAACUUGUAGCAAAUUCUCAGGACCUUCCUCUAGGUGCUUUGAUAGUGAGUGAAUUGAUAAAUUCAUCAAAAAAAGUUAAAAUAACUAUUGAGCUCAUUGAAGAAUGGGAAAAGCCAACAAAUAUUGAGUUAUCUAAUGACAAAGGGUUCCUUGCUGAUUGGGACACAUCUGUAGCUCGUAUGUUGUCAGAAUGGCUUGCUCCAGAACUUGCUGGUGGUGAUAGUUGUCUAGAAAAAUCUCAAGUUGACAGUUGGAUAAACUUUGCAAAUGGACAAUUGGCCAACAAGAAACUGGGUGAAAAUGCUCUUGAAUUUUUAAAUAAAACUUUGUCAACAAUAACUUAUCUUGUUGGUAAACGAUUGACUCUUGCUGAUAUCUACGUAUUUUCCAAAAUUUAUAAAAUGGAAAUUAAUGAAAAAUAUGAUCAUAUCAAACGUUGGUCCAAGCAAGUAUUUUCACUUCCUGAAGUUAAAAAAUAUAUUGGUGCAUCAUCGACUGAUAAAAAUAAUCAAAAAACAGAAUUUGAAUCCGUAAGCAAGGAAUCAUUACCAAGUGGUUUAUCUGCCGAUGAAUUAUCCUCAAAAAUUGCUGCUCAAGGUGAAAAAAUACGUCAAUUAAAAACAGAUAAAGCUGAAAAAGCUGUUAUAACUCUUGAAGUUAGUUUGUUGCUUAAAUUAAAAAGUGAUUACAAGUCAGCAACCGGCCAAGAUUGGAAACCAAAUGGUUUAUCUGCUGAUCAAAUAUCAUCAAUAAAGCAACUGGCCAAAAAUAAAAAAACAAAAGUACAAGAUGAAAAAAAAGAUGACAGCUCCAAAACAGGAACAAGAUUAUGUCUUGAAGCUAAAAAAUUAGAAGAUUUCUCAAAUUGGUAUUCAGAAGUUCUUGUUAAAAGUGAAAUGAUUGAAUAUUAUGAUGUUUCUGGAUGUUAUGUUAAUGGUUCAUUGAGUAUAUCGAUUUGGAAUAAAAUGAAAGCUUUUUUUAAUGGCGAAAUGGAAAAGCUGGGUGUUGAAGAAGUUUAUUAUCCAAUGUUUGUAAGUAGACGUGCUUUAGAACAAGAACAAAAUCAUGUUGCUGAUUUUUCAGCAGAAGUUGCAUGGGUAACUAGAUCUGGUAAUUCUGAUUUGGCCGAACCAAUUGCAAUUAGACCAACAUCUGAGACUGUAAUGUAUCCAUCAUUUGCAAAACGACUUAAAUCACACCGGGAUCUUCCACAUAAAGUAAAUCAAUGGAGCAAUGUUGUUAGAUGGGAAUUUAAACAUCCAAUACCAUUUCUUAGAACACGUGAAUUUCUUUGGCAAGAAGGUCACACGGCAUUCUUAACAAAACAAGAAGCUGAUGAAGAAGUACUACAAAUUCUUGAACUUUAUGCUAGAAUUUAUGAAGAAUAUCUUGCAAUACCAGUUGUACGUGGUAGAAAAAGUGAAAAAGAAAAAUUUGCUGGUGGUGAUUAUACAACAACUGUUGAAGCAUUUAUAUCAGCAAGUGGUAGAGCAAUACAAGGUGCAACAAGUCAUCAUCUUGGUCAAAAUUUUUCAAAAAUGUUUGGUAUACAAGUUGAAGGAGCUAAAAAGGGUAGUGGAAGAUCAUAUGUCUAUCAAAAUUCUUGGGGUUUUACAACAAGAACAAUUGGUGUCAUGGUUAUGGUACAUGGUGAUGAUAAGGGUCUAGUGUUACCACCAAAAGUAGCUAAGGUUCAAGCAAUUAUUGUUCCAUGUGGAAUAACAGCAACGACAUCACCAGAACAAAGAACAAAAUUAAUGAAUGAAUGUAAGAAACUUGAAAAUGAAUUAAAAAAAGAUAAUAAACUUAAAGUUGACGGUGAUUACCGUGAUAAUUAUAGUCCAGGAUGGAAAUUCAAUCAUUGGGAAUUAAAAGGUGUUCCAAUAAGAGUUGAACUUGGUUUUAAAGAUUUAGAAAAAGACCAAGUUACUCUUGUUAGACGUGACAAUGGCGAAAAAUUAACAGCCAGUAGAAUAAAUAUUCUUGAUACAAUUUUACAAACUCUUGAUAAUAUACAAGCCAGUAUGCUUGCCAAAGCAACCAGUGAAUUAAAUCAACACAUCAUACAAACAAAUGAAUGGACAGAAUUUUGUAAAAAACUUGAUGAAAAGAAUUUAUUACUUUCACCAUUUUGCGGUGAAAUAAGCUGUGAAGAUAAAAUCAAAGCUGACAGCACCAGAGAAGAGAGUGAUGCUGGUGCACCAUCAAUGGGAGCAAAAACUCUUUGUAUACCAUUUGAACAACCUAACAUUGAUAUCAAUGGAAUCAAAUGUGUUCAUCCAGAUUGCAAAAGUAAAGCUAAAUACUUUACUCUUUUCGGUAGAAGUUAUUAAUGCUUUUUCUUUUUUUUUUUUCUAUCAAAAACACUUGUUUAAAAAAAUAAGUAAAUAAAAAUUAUAAUUUUC